UCUCGGCUAAAAUGCGGUCACUGAACUUACAAGCCUUAAUAUUUAGAUAUCGAUUAAAAACAAUUUCAACUUUGCUCCAUUGAUCAGACAAAAACAAAAUUAAUCAAGAAAAAAUCACAUUGCAAAAGCUUAACUCAAAAUAGUUGGUCCGAUUUCUUUUUAUUUAACACAUUGUUCUCGUUUCUAUGGCAAUACUUUACGUGCAAGUGCUCGAAGAUUGGCUUGGCCUAACAGACGUGCCGCAAGCACUGCUUUUGAGUGCUGGUUAUUUUUUGUAACCUUUUUCUUAACAAUUUUUAAUUGUAUAUCAAACUAGAGGGACAAAAUUACUUUUCUUUGUUACAAAAAACUGAGCCCCGGAUCAUCAAGGUAGCAAGGAAAACUUGCUUUCAAACACGUUCAUUCUCGCACAGUAAUUCUAUGUUUUGCCUGAAAUUUAUUUGAUAAUGGGAAACAGUGCAAUAGCAUCGGGCAAUCUGGCACCUCGCUCACCUAUUUUAUAGGUUGGGUAUAUCUCAGAGAGGAGAAAGUAUGAAACAAUAAUCUGUAAAAGAGAAAGAAUCGAAGAUCUUGCAGUCGAGUGAAGAUGUCAGCAUUUCUUUACAAGGAACAUCACAGCCGGAAAUUUGUAUAAACUGUAUUUUGCAUUAUAUCGGUACUUUAAUGGCUCGUGGACAACAAAAGAUUCAAUCACAAGCUAAAGCAGCAGAAAAAGCUGCAAAAGUAAAAAAGCAACAAGGACACAGUGCCAAUGAACAAAAAAAGGCUGCACAGAAAGCUCUAGUACAUGUGUGUGUAGUAUGUAAGGCCCAAAUGCCAGAUCCAAAGACGUAUAAGCAACAUUUUGAGAAUAAACAUCCCAAGAACGAGUUGCCAGACGAUUUAAAAAAUAUAUGAGGGUGCGAUCUUUUGUAUAAUUGCAGAGCUGAGAUGCAGCAAAAAAAGAAAUGACUACAAAUGACAAAGUGAUAUACUUCAAUGUUCAACCGAUCAUUAAAUAGUCUUAAUUCAAAAAAUAAAUGAAAUCUUGUUAGUGUUUAAAGUGAACUAUUGCACAGUUAAGAAAUGAAUUUUUGUGCACAGCCCCGAAUUAUUCUAACAUUAUUGAUGGUUCACUUACAAAAUCAAAUAUCCAUUUCUUCCAAAGAUAUUCAGCAUUCUUCAUCUAAUAUGUGAUUCUUAAGUUUUUCACUUAAGCAUAAAAGCAAUGGAGUAUGUAUAUUGCUAAGAAAUAAAAAUAAUGAAUUUAGCAGAAUUGUUCCAAGGA